CAGAACCAGAUGGACCCUUUUUCCAUCGCUCGACUGCCUCUACUGCAGCCCUGUUUUGUCCUCAUCUCUGUGUCACUUCAAGUAUCCCACAAAUGGCAAUACAUUGUAGUUGCCUAUACAUAUACACAUGGACUCCUAUGAACCCUCAGUGAACCCAGACACACUAGGUCCAGAUUCAGGUAUAUACGGAGGAGUUUAGGAUCACGGGGAGCAGAGCAGAGUGGAGCAGUUUGCAUGGAUGAGGGGUGGGAGAGCAUCAGUGGAGCAUCGCUUCUCUCCAUGCAGCUCACUCAGGUCCCACUCAUGCAUUCUUGGGAGUCCCGAGGUUUUGAUAAGAUGAAGAAUCCUUGCUUGUGUGGAGGAAAAUGAGGACACGCAUGUGCCAAGGAGUUAGUGGCAUCAUCAUCAUCAUCACCAUGGUUACCAGUUUGCUGGUGGUGUACAACAAAAGAGCUGGUGGGAGAUCAACAUCAUCACCAUCAUCCUGCCAUGAAGAAGGUCCUGCAUCUGCCAUGGAGAAGCCAAAGAGACCACAGAGACCCUUGCUCUCAUCAACACUUGAGGGCUACACAGGUGUCAUAGACCGCAAGACUCUGAAGAUGCACUGCAAGACAUGCGCCCUCACCACCAGCUCCGGCCAGCUCAUUGGCAGAAAGAGGGGCAAAGAAAUCGAUCACUCGGAGUGCGUCUUCCGCAUGAACGAUGCCCCCAUCAUUGGCUAUGAGCAAGAUGUUGGCCAGCGCACUACUCUACGUAUCGUAGCGCAUUCCAGCCUGCAGAGGGUGCUGCAGGGACAGCAGGAGUUGCUAAACGCCAGCCAAGGGACAGUGUUCAUCUUCUGGGGGCCAAGCAGCUGUAUGAAGCGGGAUGGCCGAGGCCACGUGUUCAACAUUCUGAAGAUGUUGAACCAGCAGCUGCCCAGCCUUAAAGUUUAUAUAAUUUCCAGACUCAAAAUGAUGGCAUUUGAUGACCUUUUCAAAAAGGAGACUGGCAUUGACAGGAAAAGCUCCAACUCCUGGUUGAGUACCGGAUGGUUCACUAUGGCCAUCGCCCUGGAGCUGUGUGACAGGGUCAACGUGUACGGUAUGGUGCCACCUGAUGUCUGCAGAUCUCCCUCCCACCACUCGGUGCCCUAUCAUUACUACGAGCCCUCCGGCCCCACUGAGUGCCAAAUGUACCUGUCCCACGAAAAAAGCCGGCAAGGCAGCCAUCAUCGCUUCAUCACAGAGAAGAUGGUGUUUGCUAACUGGGCUCGGAGACUCGACAUCCACUUUUAUCAGCCAGACUGGAAGCCUGCAGAAGAGGCAACCGCUGUCAUCAGCUCCAACACACCAAUCCUGAAUGGAUCCGGACCCUGAGAUCAGAAGCGUUCUGUCAAGGCAGUUUGGCAGAAUUGGAUCAUCCCAUGAGAUGUGUUCAACAAAUUAAUAUUAAGUUUUGUUUUACUGGGAUUUUAUCUUAAGAGAUGAUUGCACUGUGGUUGACUCGACUUCAAACAUGUUACACAUUUAUGUGUUCUAGACUACAGAGCACACAUUGUCCUCUUUUCUUUUUUUGGAAGUGUGCCGCUUUUUAAUGACUUGAGGGAGUUUUAAACUUAGACCUACACAGAAGAUGACCUGUUUUUAUUUCUUUUGUUUUUCUUUGUGUGGCAACUGAAAAUGUC